ACCUUUCUUCUUCUUUACUCUCUUUUACCAUAUUCAUAUCAUCAUUAUGCCUGCCUGGAACAACGUUACCAUCCCUGAAACUCCUUCAGCAACUUUUGUACAAGUGAAGAACAUCUCCUUGCAAUCCUCAGAAAAGACAGUCAAGGACUUCUUUUCAUUUUGCGGUAAACUCAAGCAGUUCGAACUGACAACUGAUGAUGAUGGUGCCCAUCAAGUGGCUGUGAUCGAAUUUGAACGUGAAUCGGCUGCCAAGACCGCCAUUUUACUCAGCGAUGCGUUACUUGACAAUUGCCAUAUUCAUGUGUCAUCCUAUUUUGAGGAAUCCUCCAGCAACGAAUCUGAAAAAUCCGUGGAAGCGCACGAUCAGUCAACUACCCAUGGUACUGAGACGCCUCAGGAAUCCAAGGCAAAAUCGCGUAUUGCCGCCGAGAUUCUCGCUCACGGAUACUUGCUGCAAGAUCAAGUGGUGGCCAAGGGUUUGGCCUACGAUCACAAAUAUGGAUUUUCCAACCGCUUUACUGGCUAUUUGUCCGCUCUGCAAUCCAGUGUCAAGACAUUUGACGAGAAAUAUCGCAUUUGGGACAAGGCGUUGGAAAUUGAUCAAAAGUAUAAAAUCCAAGAAAAGGUUCAAAACGCCGCUCAAACCGCGCUUCAAACGCCUACGGGUCAAAAGGUUCACGGCUUGGCAAAUCAAACCUUUGCUCAGGUAGCCGCCGUUCAUUACGAAGCAAAAAAGAUUCAGAGCGAAAAAUUGUUGAAGGAAACCAACACCGCCGCGACAGAAACCCAACCUCAACCUUCAGUGGCCGCUUAGAAUACUUGUCCCUAAUUCCCAUGUUACCUUUGUAUACUCCAUAAACCAAGAUAAUGACUACAGUUUUAUGAUACCAUUACCACUUGGAUAACUAAACUCUUUUUCAGUUGAGUUGGGCGUGAGG